AUGCCUUCGGUGACAUUGAUAGCGGAUACUUUGAGAGAAAUUUUCGAAUAUCAUAAAGAUGAUCCGAAAACCCUUCAUAGUUUGAUUACUGUUAAUCGACUAUGGUGUUGCCAGGCAAUUCCCUUAUUAUGGCGCAGACCUUUCGAGAUGGCUGCUCAAGAUAAAUACCAUCAAAUUAUUAAAACCUACAUAAUGUGCCUUUCAGAUAAAGCAUUAUCUAGAUUUAUGUUUGUUGGAAUCAAAUUGAACAAUUUUAAAAAACCUUUUUUCAAUUAUCCAACAUAUUUGCAGGAAUUUGACUCUGAAAGAUUUCGUUUAGCACUUAAUACAUGGAUAAGAAUGAAUGUCAUAAUUGGUACUGCAGUAGAUACGCGAAGUCCAUUUAACACAUUCUGUGGACCUAUAAAGAAACUUUUCGGUCCAAUUGUGAAAGAUUGUUAUAAAAUCUCUCCGCCAAAUAUAUUUUACAAAGCGUUAAAUAAAUGCAUCGAACCAUUAAUUCAGAAUUACUAUGCGACGCACCCAAACUUCAAUGUAAUUAAAGAGGUUACAGAUUUACUUUUUAGCCGUUGUAACAGAUUAAAGAAUCUCAAAAUUUAUCUUGGAGAUGAACACACACUGUCUCUAGCGGAAAUGAACUUUGCUUUACUUACCAUCAAACACAACGCCCUGCUUAAUCUUCAAAAAUUCGAAUUGGUUAUACGUACCCCUUCUUUGAAUGGCGAUAAUUCGCAAGAUAUGAAUGAUGUCUUAACAAAUCUCUUUACCAUGAUGUCUCAAUACGCAACAAAUAUUCAGGAAAUGAAAAUUCAAUCUUAUACAACCGGAUUGCCAGCUAAAGUUCAUGCCAGCCUUUACAAAUUAAUUGAAUCACAAAGAACACUUCAGUCAUUUAUGUCGAAUUAUUUCUGGAAUGCUUCGAGUCCUUCACUUUUUACCGCUUUGUUAAAUCAGUCACAUUCAUUAACUCGGUUUCGUCUCUGGGGUUUAACACAUUUCAAUAAUUCUUUAAUACUUGGACUAUUAGAAUGGAACGCCCUGGAAGUAUUGGAAUUGAUGGGAUGUCCAGAUUUUCCUGUGUUCGCAAAUUUUACAAAAGGCCAACUAAGAAUCAGGAAUCUCUAUAUUGGCAACGGUUACGGUUCAUAUCCUUUUAUAACAACAAAUUUAAUCAGGAUGAUAAAUUUGAAUCUUCAAAAAUUAGUGGUAGAAGGUGCAACUCCUGAAAUUAUAGAUGCGGUUACAAUAAAUUGCCCACAACUUACACAUUUAUCGCUCUGUGCUUAUCAAGACAUAUUUGAAUCUCUUCCAAGAUUACUUUCAACUCUUUCUUUGCUAGAAACAUUGAUUUUAGGAAAUCAAGAACAAUUUAUAUUUACAGAUGACACUAUAUUACAAUUUUCACAAUCAAUCCCACCUUCACUAUGUGCAUUAUUUCUAAACUUUAAUAUUUCAUCACAAUCAUUGAGAGUACUUUUAACAGAAUGUUCAGCACCACUUCAUAGGUUAGAAUUACAUCAAAUGCAGAAUAAGGAAUUAGAAUUGUUUUCUAUUCUGAUUCAAUAUACACAAGAUAAUAAGUAUUUAAAAGAAUUGAAGCUAUAUUUAGCUCAUUCAAAUAGUUAUACAGACCCUGUUAGUCUAGAUGUUUUGAGAAAUGCAAAUAAGUAUUUUACUAUCGUUAAACAAGACACUACUAGAAAUUCUUAUAAUCUUUGGUGA